UAUAACCUUGGAAACAUUCGGCAGAGAGAGAGAGAGUCUAUCGUAAUAGCAUUCGUUGAAAGACAGUAGCCUACUACUACGGUUUGGAUUAGUUAAUUAAGUGAACAUCGAGUGCUCAACUUGUGACUUUUCGUUUCUUCUUGUAACCCGAAGCGGACAAGUCAUUACUGACACAUUCCAAAGAAGCAUUUACAGCGAUCAAGCCGGUGGAAUUGUCAUGCCAAUGAUGAUCUGCAUUAGGACUGUACCGGUGUGUGUUACCCCUGGGAGCUCACAGUCACAGUUUUCUGCGGACAGAGAGUUGAGAGACUCCACACUUCAGAGACUGCGUCACUCACACUCACCGCACACACACACGCAAUCCAUGAAGCCUGCCAUGCCUGCUGCGCACAUUCACAGACUGCCCACAAAGCUGGCUUCUGGUCAGGCUCCCCACCAACCUGACCAGGCUUCUCUUCACCCCGGCUAUUCCUCGCGUCCAUGCGAACCUACGUCCCCAUCCUCCAUCUCUUCGUCCUCCUCCGUUAGCAAAAAUGGGAGUCCCCGGCUUAAGAGGGUGCGGUUUGCGGACUCUGUGGGCCUGCCGCUGAGUGAGGUGAGGGUGUUCACAUGCCAGCCGCCCGUCGACGUGCUCCAGCGAUACUCCUCGGUGAUGAAGAGGGCUCCGGGCGCGUCGGGCGUCUGCGCUGGGAGGUGCCCCCUGCACCAGGCGAUGCCUGCGUCGCCGCAGCCCUGCGCCGACUUCCCAGGGUUCCGAGGGGCGGCGAGACCUCAGGACAGAGCGCUGUUUCAGAUGCACAAUGACACCUUGCGCAGGGUUAACACCAACUCCCAGAGGCAUUUGACCCAUGGACUACCAAAAGCAGGCAACACGCAGGCUAAUGCACACUUGCAUGCCCCAGCACAUGGACUACCUAAGGCAUACGCACAAGUUAAUGGACACACACACCACACAGCACAAACACAAACACAGACCCCAGAACACACACACGCUACCAUGCGCACGCAGACAACAGAGCACACACACCCUGCAACACACACGCUGCCCAAAGCGCACCCACAGCAGCCCCUCACACACACACUACCUAAAGGACUCACUCACACACACUCACACUCACACACCCCGAGCACGUCCCAGCACCCACCCAGCUGUGGUAACUCCUUCAUGGCGUCGUCUCGGCAACAGCCUGCAUCCUGGCAUCGCGGCCGGUCAUCCCUGCCGCCCCCGGACUCUCCUCCCCAUGUCCCCAGCCUCGCUGCACAAAGCUGGGCUUGGCAGGAGGGCAUGGCCGUCCACUAAUGAGAGAGCCCACAGACACGAUGCCCACGACGGACAGACAACUGCUUCAUCAUCACUGUGUGAGGGACAGUCGGGGCAGUGUGUGUGUGUAACCUUGUGUUGUGUGUAACUGUGGGUGUACGGUUGGCUUGGAACUACUUCAGAGGGAGAGACUGGUUCUCUAGCCACACACACACACACACACACAGUGUCACGCAGACUGCUCCUGUGCUGGUCCCACGGUGUCACGUCUGAAACCCAGGGGGAGAAUCCAACUCUGAACUGUUCCUAAUGAGCUUCCUCUGACCGUGAACGUUUACUGAAGAGGUUUCAGUAAGCUGUUCCAGAAACGUUCUUGGCCUGUUCCCGAGACCUGCUCAGACCUGUGUUGAAUGGCUUUGUUUUGGAGUCCAUAAACCAUUCCACUCAAACACACACACACACACUGCAGUUGCCGCUCACACUGGGUGGUAGCGGUGUGUGUGUUUGUGUGUGUGUGAUAGCGAGAAAGAGAGACUGUUUUAGUAUAAUGGACUAUCCCAACCAACAGUGUUAAUUGUGUGUGUGUGUGUGUGUGUGUGUGUGUGUGUGUGUGUACUAGAUGAUCUGUCUGUAUGCAUAUGCAUGUGUGUAUACAUCUCUUCAUACUUUAGGACUUUUGCACCUUGAUUUUUUAUUUAUAUUUUUACACAAAUUUUUUUGAUGGUUUGGAAUGCUUGUAUGUCUUGUUUUCUAUUUAUUGUAUUUGUAAUGUAUUUGUUAUUUCUAUUUGUAUUGCACUGCCAUGCCAGAUCCUUCAUUCUUUAUGAAUAGCUGCUUUGCUUCAACUGCACAGAAAGUCAUUUGCUCAACUGAAUGUGAAAUAUGUGAAUAAACAUGCGAAAAGGCAA